AUGACAGAAGCUGAGCUAAGAGAAAUUGUAAAAUUAUAUGAAGAAGAAAAUUCUGUUUUAAAGAAAGAAAUCGAUGUCUUACAAAAUAUGCUAGAUUCCCAAGAAAUCACUCAUAAAAACGAAAAGGAAUUUAUUAUGCUACAAUGAGAAAGGCAAAGAAAUGAGCUUGAAGAUCAAAAUAGAAAUUUGAUAAAAACAAUAGAAGCUCUAGAAGCUACGAUUUUAGAGCUAAAAGAGAGGCUUAAAUAUUCACAUAAAACAGCAGAAAAAAGAGAAAAUACUGAAAGUCCUUUAGGCCAGCUCAACGAUUUAUGAAAAUCCCACACAAUAAGAUCAGAACCAAUUGAUAGCCUUCAGUUUGGAGAUUCUAUGAAAUUAUCAUCAAAAAGAUCAAGGAGAAGUGAAGUUGACAGGCUGAAUGAGACAGAAAGGAUGCUAAAAUCACAAGAAGUCCAAUUAUUGAAAACCGGGCUUAUGGCUAAUGCUUUACAGUUAUCAUAUUUGAAUGAUGAGCUUGAAAUAAUGAAUCAUUCGCACGCUUCUAACAAAAAGAAACUAGGGAAAAAAGCUAGGAAAUAA